AUGGGUGGAAGAAGGAAGAAAAAAAGUGAGCAACAAUUCUCCCGGAACACCGUCAAACAACUACACACUCGAGAUGUGGUUUUGCACCGAGCCAGACGAGGUUUCGGAUUUGUUUUACGUGGUGCCAAAGCAUCAUCGCCUCUGAUGGCUCUCAGACCCUCUGAACGGUCCAGCUCUCAAUACUUGGACGAUGUAGACCCCGGCGGCGCUGCUGAUAUGGCAGGAUUGAAACCAGGAGAUUUCUUACUUGCGAUAAACGGCACCGAUGUCAGCGCUGCAUCUCACGAACGGGUCGUCGAACUGAUCCGUGCUUCUGGCGAACUUGUCCAGAUGACUGUGGUGUCUGCUCCGGCAAGUCACAACCCUGGACCUGGUGCAUUCGACGAACCUGAUAUGGGUGGGGCUGAUAUGAAUGGCAGUGGAGGAAAUCCAUAUCAUCAAUCUAUGAGACAACAUUUUGCAACGUUACCGAGAAAGGUAAAAAUAGUCUUUAUUUUACGCCGGGCAGGAAUAUUUCCUGGACAAACUGGCUCGGGUACUUUAGGGCGCGGCGGUCCGGCUCCUGCACCACCUCGACGUGACCCUCGAACAACUUUAAGCGUGGGUCGUGCGAGGGCUAAGAGCAUGGUAGCAGGUUUAGAAGGAGGUGGUGGUGAAAAAUCAUCUGAUGAUUUGGAUUCUACUGGAAUAUCGACGACGAAAUCGAGUUCUGCCGAGUCUGUACAUAGCAUAAACCAGAGCACAUCCGAAUACGGAAGCCCAGGAGGUAAUAGUAACCAGAAUCCGAACCAGCCUAGAACUGCUAGUAUAAGGCAGAGACCUUGUUCAAGUAGAAUUACUGCUGCAGAAUUGGAAGAAUUGUUCCAACGUCAACAGAGUUCAACGACUGGUAGUGGAAACAGAAUAUCGACAAUGAUGUGCAGUUCUCGGUUCCAAUCUGGAAUGGAUCAAAGCCCACCAGGAUCUCCAGCUAAACCUAGAGUAUACGCUAGUGUUGCUGAAAUGAAACGUAAAGGAAAGGCAUCUAUUAGAGCCAAGGCGGUAGCUGUACCUAGAGUAGAACUGCUCCAUAGAGAUUUUCACAGCACACCAGAUUUAGCAGGUAAACCGCUGGGUUCACCAGUUGCAUCCAGUCUAAGUGCAUCUGGUAGCUUAAUUGGAUCAAAUAAAUUGCCCAGUAAUUCUUGGGGGACAUGGAGUGUCAGUAGAGCCCGCCAUCGCAGUGUCGAAGAUGUCCAACAUGCUGCAGGUGCUAGACAAUUACCUCCCCCGACUCAUCCUCCACCACCGCCUCCAACAACUGGUCAACUAGUUGCUGUUGAUGUUUCUAGAGGCAAAUCGGAAUUGGAUCAGACGUCAGGAAAUACCACCAAAGCCCAAGAAAGCAUUCCAAACAGCAGUGAAGUAUCUGGAGAUCCAAAUGCAGUAAUGUCAAGUUUUAGACCUGCAACUAGUGCCAAAUUAUAUGCAUCUCCACAAGAUAUUAGAGCUGUAGGGUAUAGAGCAAAACAGCAAGAGCAAUCAAGCAAUAGAAAUCAAGUCCGAAAAUCUCAAAGUAUGCGUGAUACCAGCCAGUCGUCGACAUCAGUUCAGGACAACGCUGUGCAGCAACAAAAUCAGCAAACUUCAAAUCCUUAUGCGCAACCUAUCAGAAAGAAUAGCAUAAAUAAUACUGCAACUCUGCCUCCACCGAUACCAGAGCCCGAUUACAGUAUGAGUGAAUCUGAUGAGGAGCAAAUGCAAGGGAGGAUCAGGUCCAACACUAAUCCAAAUCUGCAAAGUAAUAGAAUAGGGGUCACAAUUCCCGUUUCGGGAGACAGGACACACGUGCAGAGAAUCAAAGUUACACAUGGAGAUAAUAAUACUAUUAUUAAUACAGAAUCACAACAACGAAUAAUACCAUCAAAUAAUACUCCUAAUGUUCAAGUCAAAUCUCAAACCAAUGGUGGAACUAACGGUAAUGGAUCAGCUAGCGAGACGAGUGGUAACAGCAAUACGAGUGGUUCCAGUACAAAUUCAACUUCUCUCGCGCAUUCAUUCUCAGUGGACGAGAUACAGAAAAUAAGGACGCGUCUUAAAUGUUCAAAGUCAUAUCCAGAUGAUUUCUAGAACAAAAAGAAAAUCCUGCAGGAGAUGGAGAACAAGAUGAAUUCUUCUAGCGGCGUCAGUUCAGACCAAGAAGGAGCUGAUAUAAAUAGUAAAGGUAAAUUUUCAGAUCAAAACAAGCAACAACAUGACAAGAAGUCUCCUGCUCCAACAAAAUUGGGAACUAAUACAGUUUCUCAAUUGCGGCAACAACAUCAACUAGAAAUAAAUGGAGGCAUUCAGUCUAAUUUAGGAUUUUCCAAAACUAUGCAGAGGCAUAAUAGUCUGACCAGAAAGCAGGCUAACUCGAUUGCUCUGGCCCGGAAUCAGGGAAGUAAAACGCUUGGCAGAUCGGCAGCAGAAAGACUAGGUAUUGAGCAAACAACAGAAUCAUCCACCACCAAGCACCGCCAAUUCGGCAACAAACUCUAUCCCGAUUCAAAUCUCAUAACAACAUCAUCACGACAAGCAGUAUCAUUAGCACGCCUGCCACCACCUGCAGAAGAAAACCUGACUUCUAACGUUUCGACACAGAAUUCAAAUGCUUCAUCAGAAGUAGCCGAAGACACAUUUGUGCCUCCUCCACCAGAAUUCGUAGGUGGAGCGAGUGAUAGAGUUCUAGCACCGCCUCCUCAGUUUUCGGACGCCCAAGGCAAAGUUAGGAUUGUUGGAGCAGUUCCUAAGAAUGGCAGAUUAGGACAUCACUAAUGGAGAAAAGUUGAUGUUGAGAACAAUGGUGUGAGUGAAUCAGAAUUGGUAAUAUGACUCUAGAAUAUAAGUACCAAACUUGUUGGUAAGUUGCUUAUUCUUACUUGGAUGUAAAGAUUGUUUACUGUUUAUGUAAUUAUUAUAAAUGUAGAAAUCGAAAAAGAAUCUAGAAAUCUUUGUUUAAUCGGUCAUACAAUAUUUUUUUCGAUUUCUACUUUAUAUCGACUGAAUUUCGAUUUUGUCGAGUGUUUUGUGCAAUAUCUUUGGACGUGAUAUUUGGAAUUUGCUUAAAAUUAGAAAAAGUGGUGCCAAAAUUAAACUACGUUUGCAUAGAGUUUUGGAAGGCUUAGGUGAAUAUUUAUAUAAACUAUUUAUAUGCAGAUGAGUGAUCAAGCAUUUUUAGUAAUAAAAAUAGGACGUUUUGCUUUGAAUCAUAAACGAUGAUAUGGAACUGAAAAAAUUAGUAUACUUAAGCUGCUAAUUAAGCUUAUGUUAAAAUUAGUCGCUAAAUAAAUACGUUGUUUGUUUAUUUAAGUAUAUACAGAAAAUUGAAGGGAUUUGUGUAACAAAUGAGUGUAAUGAAGAAUUCUCGAUUAAUAUUAACCUAUUAUUGAUCAAACAAAUGUUUUGAUCGAUUAAGUAUGGUUAAGAAGAACCUGAUUACAGUACUUUUAUAUGUAUUAAACCAUGCGGUACAAGACGUAUUCAUCUUCAAUGUCAAUUCUAAUAUUUCUGCAUCUGUGAGGAUAUUCAAUGAGACAAGAAAAUUAAGGCUGCUCUGGUGUAAAUCAGAAAUGUACUCGGCACAAUUCUCAAAUAAUUGUAGGCCCAACAUUUAGUUUUUGUUUGGUGAAUUUUCUUAAACAUUAUCCAUAUUGAUUCAGAUAGAUGAUCCGUACUUUAACUAUUAAUAACUUUACAAAAUUAUUCCUAACAUUUGUGUUAUAUUUUC